GCCUUCCCGCGGUAACUUUGGCGUCUUGGCGCACAGACAGGUAUAGUCGUGCGCGUACGAAUGAUCGCGAAGCUACAAUAAAAAUCUCAAUUAGAGAUGCCACUCCGGCGUAACCUUACUUUCUACUUUGAAUGUAUUUACGCGUAGAAGAACGGUCUGAAAAAUGCAUUUUAUAUCGCGUCAAUAACCAAACGGAUUAACUGAUCCAUGUGCGGGCAGCAUGGCCAUCAUGCAAUCGUGUUGCUGUUGGCGUUCGGUGCGGAGGGGUAGUUUCGCAUGUGCAGUUUACACUGGACUCUACUUCUUCCUGACGGCCAUUAUGACCGGUGCUGUUCUCCAAGAGGAACGCCAGUAUCUUACAGGAAAUCGUACCGAGCCCCAAUCGUCCAGUUUCCUCGAACCCCAGACAAUAUCGCCGACCACCGUCAGAUUCAACGUAACACUGCUGACGUGCUCGUGUUGCGGCGUGUGCUGCUCCUUUCUACUGUUAUACGGAUUGUUUAAGGAUCAAAGGAUAUAUCUGAUACCCUGGAUCCUAACUGUAAUUACGUUCAGCUUUAUUGACAUCGCGCAUUCGAUGUAUCUGUUCUUCUUUGUCACGCUUCGUUUCAACCCCAUCACUGCCAUGCUCUUCACCCUAGACUUCUUCUUGCUGUGCCUCAACGUAUACUCACUGCUUUGCGUCAUAUCGCAGUACCAGGAAUACAUAGCGGGUCGCGGAAGAGCCGCGGACGACUGCGAGUACAGGGUGGGUAACUGCAUUCCAGCAGUCCGAUACGCAGUUCAACCUACCACCACGGCGACCUCGUGUCUGAGUUCACGGAGGGCGGUUACGAAUAACGAGACUAGGGCGACAGCGACAGCCACACCUACCCAAAGCCCGACGGCUGUACAAACCACCUUGGCUUCGGAGAAGAGUCCGACGGUGGGUAAAGCUUCGAGGAAACACGUGCAGUUCCCCGAUACUCCGUCCGCCGAGAGUCAGGGAGAAAAGUCAGAAAUCGCCAUAGUCGACACUACGACCAGGUGGACCCCAGAGACUGAACUCGGCAGAGCUCCAUGCCAACUAAUGCCACCCGCAGUGGAUACUGCUACUCUGCUACUCAUCUCCUCGACGAGCAAUCGAUCCUCGACCGCGGAGACCAACGGCGGUAAUCCUCAAACCUGAGGAGCAACGUGUGCCACCCCCACAUGAAAUACAAAACUCCACACGCCGUACCUAAGCUAGUCGCAGUGGACAAGACUGUUUUCUAAACUUCAAUUCUCCAUAGUUAUAUUUAACAAUGAAUGACCAAAAAAAAAAGAGACAGUUUAGAACCUGGAUGGAUGUUGAUCGAUGUCGUAGUACUUAAACAAUUGAACGAAGGAAUAUUUGGGAACGUAUCCUUCGCGGACGGGAAACUCUGGACCAAUAAAUUAAUACCGGAUGCGACAUACUCAAAGGUAUCAUUAGCAAUACCGUGGAGUAAUUCAUAGCAAUUGUAUAAUGUUCUAGAAGCUUUCUACAAACCCGUGAAGAUUAUCUUGGUAGAACUUUUAUAUUGGCAAUUAUUGUGACAGGGCUAGUAUUUUCUUAUGCGUUUAAUAAUUACUUAACCGACUCGUCGGUAAUUGUUUCAUUUGAUUACGAACAGUGCUAUAUGAUUAUAAUUGAACACGAGUCACUCACAGUCGCAAGUACCUGAAAACUUGUAGGAUAUUCCGUUAGGGUCGUCCUAAGCUCACAGAAGGCUAAAGACCCAUUGUAAACUUGUUUAAAUGUUUGAUAUACCUUGUUUGAUCUAUCAAAAUGGCGGACUGUCUUCGCGGAUACAAUCUUGUUAGACUGAUCAAAUGUUUGUUAAGUACCACACGCCCGUUAACUGUGGUUCUCGAGAAUGUUCAUGUAAUGUGUUUGUUCCUGCACGCGGUUAUGCAAAUCAUCCCUAUCGGGGCAUUCUAACCCGUUGCGAAUUCGCUACCCCAAAAACUGUUAUUUCAACGAUUUACGAUUGUUUCGGACCAACCUUUUGUAGUAGCCUAGCCAUAAGUUAUAAAAAAGCGUGGAUAAGGGUUUGUGUUUAGGUAAGCCCCUGCGUAUAGGUAAUAAUAUUUUGUCAUAAAGGGGUGAUGGGCAUAAAGCAUCCCUUACGUAAAGUAUGGUCAAACAAUAAUAGGCGAGACUGGGUUAAAUUUGAAAAAUUAUUACAAGCUUAACGUGUUAUAUAGCAGAGAUAUGGUCACCCUCUGACCGUCCAGCCUUGGUUUCAUUAAAUUUGGGAAAAUCUCUCGUCGUGCCCAGUGGACAAUAAACUCAGCCUGUCGGCGCAGAGUUCUGCGAUCGAUAUACCGAUAAUUCUCAUAUCGCGUUGAAUUUUAUACUCAACUUGUCAGAAACGUGCGCCACGGCCCUCUAGAUGACGAACAUUUUUCACACCCUCCCGCUACACAAAAAGAAACCUUUUUUUUUUUGCCUCCACUUCCACUCUCCCUUUGUAAAUAACGUCUACCCUCUCGGCCCUGUGGGAACGAAUACAUUUCGAAAUUUACCCUCAUUUUUCUCACUGCCGUGGCUUCUGUAAAUAAACCCGUAAUAAUUUCUGUUAUGGACGUUGAUAAUUCGUGCUAAUGACUUGAACAGUCCAUCAUUUUGUCUACUGUCAUGAUACGCAGAAAGUGGGGAGAGCUGCUACCAAAAAUUUACCGAGUAACAUCUAUCAUAAUUGCUUAAGCAAUCGUCACGGCUAAUACCACAACAAAUCACUUUGUAAUUAUGCUAUGGUACGAGAUUCAUUUGACUGUAGCAUACAAGAAAUUUGUGAACGCCCCAUUAAAUAUUUCUCCAUGGCAUCGAUACAUGUUACCCCAAACUUCUGACCGACUUAGCACAAGCUCGUUGACUCUUCAAAGGAACUUUUUUAAGUGAUAACUAGGACUUCCUCUAACAGACGGAUAAACGUUAAGGCAAUUAACCAGCAUGAAUCAUCUCUUGCGGAGUCGCGUGUCAAGAUGCGUUACUCGCAAUAUACAGUGUACCUAUCCCACGUACCACGUCACGGGACAGGCAGGUUUUCGAAUAGACAAGUUUUUUCCGAAGAGUAUACUUAUACGCAGAGAAAACAGAUGGCACGAGAUAACCAUGGAAAUUUUAUUGAUUCCAUAGAAAACCAAGGGAAUACCAGUUUUUUGCUGUUGAACCUCCGAUGGACAGGAACUUUCCUAGACUCAACAAGCCCCAACAAAGCUAAAUAAAAGGCCACGUUUCACGUCGGAUGUCGAAUUUCCCAAUGGAAAAUGAACGAAUAGAUGGAAGUCUAAGAAAUACAAUAGGAACGCGAAGAAAAGGGAGAAAAGUUUCCCUUGGUAUUUUCGUAUCUUCGUUUUACUCGUCUUAAAAUCGGUCUGAAUGAAUUUUAUGGAGAAUCGAGCUAAACACGGUAUCUCGUCGCAAAGCUCCCUUUUGCGUAAUUAACACUGACGUUGAUCGAGAAUUGAAAUUAAUUAGUACCGCAACUGUCGGAAAGAUGAAUUGCCAGUAAGCGUCAUGGUAGUAGUUUUAUAACGAGACAAGAACAGGAAUGCACGCUCAUCCUGUACACUAACGACUUUCGUCUUUUUUUUUUUUUUUUUUUUUUUUUCAUUGGAUUUUACUCCACGACUUUAUGCAAGCUCACGUAGUAUCUUAUAUCGAUAAGCAAGCUCCACAAAAAGAGAUACAGACUUCUAGAAGUAUACUUAACGGAUAUGUUAUAUUAAAUGAAAAGUUUAUCCUGUCGAAAUUCAACAGACAUCAUGCCUAUCUGAAGGUCGCAAAUCUAUUGCCAUAGUGUAAUUGGUACAUGAUAGUAAUUAAUUGAUUUUAACACUAGCCUGUGUCAUAUGUCUAUAUACUAUAUAGACCGACUAAUCUAAUUGGCUCUGUAAGUACACAUAUGCUAUGAAAUAUUUCACGUACAAGUUGUCAUUAAAUAUUCAGUACUAAAUAUAAUACAAAUGUAUAGGUAUGUCGUGUCAAAUGGAUUGAUAUUUUAAUAUAAUAUUUUUUGUCUGUUUGUAUAGGCAUGCAAGUGGUUAAGCAUUUCGUACUGUUUAGUAGACUUAAUCUAUAAUUGAUGAUUAUUUAUACACGUAACGACAAGUGCAUUUAAAUAAUUCAGCUAAUCUUAUUUUCACGUUAGGUAUCUAGUAUAUAAGAAUGAAUAAUCAUUAUCCUAAUAUAAUAUUUAUUCAGCAAUACUAUACAUUCAAACACUCGUACAUUGAUUGAUGAAGAGCAUUUAAAUAAUAAUAUCAAUCAAUAUAUUUCAGGAUAUUUAUUGCCUAUCCAGAUGUAUCAUUGUGACACAGAGUGGAUAUAUGUAUAGUUUAUGUAUGUAUAUAUAUGUAUAGAAAGAGAGAGGGUAACAUUAACACCAUAACAGCACCUUUAUAAUUUUGACCAGCAUGACAUUAUUAAUUAUUGAUGACUGAAUUGAUAUUGACUACAUGUUUCGAAUGUUGAAGAUUAAAUUAGGAUACUCCGAGAAUAUCAUACACUAUCUGGGAUAGUAGACAGUACCCGAUAGUCAUAAAUAAAUCAAUAGAGCUCUACUAUAUUAAAUUCCCCUUUACCACAAAUACUGUAUAUUUAAGUCUCCUCAUAAUCCCGGAUAACAAAGCGUCUACAAAUUUACUAGCAAUGCGUUAACAACCGUAAGAAAGUUCAUGAGCAAAAUACUGACAAGGUGCGUUUGCAUUAGCUUAUUAGAUUGAUGUCAUAUUGAUGCAACACGUAAUGUGCGUUACGUAACUAACCUUAAAAAUUGUCUAAUCUGAUUUUCAGUACGAUUUUACUCCAUCAUUUCUUUUUUCUUCUUCGCGGACGAAAAUCAAGAUGGAGAUGUUGGGUCAGUACACCAGACCAGGCAUCCAGAGACUAAUCCGCAUCAAUCACACUAGCAUCAAUUUUUACGCUUCCCCGAUAAAAAAUAUUUUCUAUCUAAUCCGUCAAUAACCGCCUGUGCUGCAAUACUGUUUAGAAUGUCUGUCAGGGCAACCUUAUUCUCUGUAUUAACUGAUUGUACGUCGCAAGAUUAGGUUAAGAGAAUAAAGUCGCGCAGACGGGCAUUCUGAAUUGACCUUUGUGUCAAGCUUCAUCAUGAUGAAAUUGAAAUAACAAUUAGUAGAAAAUAAAGAUAAACCCAUGAUAAUUAUGAUCGAUAAAGGUGUAAUCAAAUAUGGUGAUUUAAUCAAAAGACUUAUUAUCUGGUACUGGAGUAAUUGAAUCAGUUUUAAAAUUCCACCAAAUUAUUAUCGAAUUUGGCAAUUUUUGUAAAUUACGCUAUAAUCUUUAUAAUGUACCGUAAACUGUAUUAAUGUUUGAAAGUAUAAUUAGCAACUUUCCAAAAAGUUUUUCACGGGGCGUAACAUUAAACAAGCUUGACAUGCAAAUAAGAAAUUCAUGAGGAACUGAACAAUGACGUAUACCGUCUGUUUUGUGCAUCUCCCUACUCAUCUCUGCG